UUUAAAUAAAAAUAGUUCUGAUUAUUUUUAAAUGUUUUUAAGACACGUGCAUCUAGAGUUAUGUAGAGUAUCGAAAAUAAUAUGUACUAUCCUUGGAGUACAAACAAGUUGGGAGAUAGGAAUAACUAUUAUGUUUCUCACUGGUGCUCUUUAUAAUUUAUUCGUUCGAUACAUUCUGCAACAACAUAAAGUCAAAGGUUUGGCAACACAAACAUCUACGACGUUGGUAGUGUCUUUUCUUUACAUUGUGAAAGCCGUUUCUUUGAAUCGCAUUUGCAAGAAGACAGCUGACGAGGGAAACAGAACCAUCGAAAUCAUUCACGCAAUUUAUGGAUGCAACACAGAAAUGCAGGAAGAGAUUCAACAGUUUGGUAUUCAAAUUUUACAAAGUCCGGUCACAUUCACCGCGUUUGGUCUUACUUUGGAUAAUCGUGUCUUAAGCUUGGUUUUUAAAACUGUAACGAUCUAUAUGGUUAUCAUGAUACAAGUGAGCAAUACGCUAGAAUCGAACAAUGCUGUGGAGUAUACACCUUUUUAAAGAAUUGUAGAUAUUGUUAAAUUAUUACCUCUUAGAGAAUUCUUUAAAUUAUUGAUGUAUUAAAUAUAUAUCCCAUAAUUGUAAAAAAUAAAU